UGAGUACUGAUGACCAAAUAUUAUCAGUUAUCGUGUCCGUAACCUAAGGGGAAACAAUAUUAAUAAUUAGUAAUUAGUAAAAUUGUAAUUUGUGAUUAUGAUUCGUAACUUAGGUAAUGUUUUUGGUGCGUAUCGACGCAUAAUACUGUGUCAACGUGAAAAGGCUGUAGCAGGGAUUCGAUUGAGCCAUGUAGUUUCGUACAGGGAAGUUCCAUUGAAGCAAUCUGCGAUGACUAAAGUUGGUGCUGAAAUGGUUGGUGCUGCAAUGUGGUGGUGGAUUUUAUGGCAUUUGUGGCACGAGUCUGAGCAUAUUACAGGUGAAUUUCCAUACCCUAGUACUUCUUCAUGGACUAAUUCUGAGUUGGGUAUACCCGCGGUGAAAGAAUAAAGAGCAGGACAUUCAUACUUCAAGAGUUUCGUUAAGUUAAAUAUUACAGUUUUGAUGGAAUGUAAAAUGAAAAAUGUAUACAACUUCAAAAAUAACAAAUUAUUUUAUUUUCUUAGUCGCCUUGUACGAAACGGGUUAUAAUGUCAUGUUACUGUCUAGUUAUUUUAGUCAACAAAGUAUUUAUCCUUUAAAUGAAAAUUUUUUUCUUAACAGUUGAGAUGUGCUGUUUUUCGGAAGUUUAUUGCAUUUUUUAUAUUACUCUAGUUACCGAAGUUGUUUUUCCUUUGAAUGAAAACUCUGUUUUCUUAACAAUGAAGGUGUGCUGUUUGUUUGUCGGAAUAAAUAUGCAAAUAGUAUGUUCGUUCAUAGUA